AUGAGUCAUUUGCUGUGGAAAUACUUCUGGGAAAACGAUGUCGACAAGUUUCGGCGUCUGCUGGCCCCGGCCGGCCCCAAUUCCCAGGCGGCGGCGGUGAGGAGUCCAGCCGUGGGCGCUGCGUCGCAUCUUGGAGCGAGUCCCGGUAGUGUCGGGACAUCGCCGAGAGCUACCGUCAAGUCGCGCAAGCCGUCGGGCUAUGCUCCCGGUCUUGGGAAGGCAAGAGACGGAAGUUCUGGGUUGAGCAAAGCGGAAGUCAACAGCCGGGACCAUGCCGGCCUGACGCUGCUGUUGCGCGCAUCCUCAUCGACCGAUCCAAACGCUCUGGCCUUUGUCCAGGCUCUGCUGGAUCACCCCCAAAUCGACUUAUACGCCCAGGACCCCGAGAGUGGCUGGAACGCCCUCCACAGGUCGCUGUACGCUGGAAAUGCAUCAAUAGCUCGAGCAUUGCUGGCCAAGGAGCGUGACGAUUUGGUCAACCACGCCCUUGGGGCCGUGAACAAGGUCGGCCAGCUGAUCAAGACCAAGGAUCACGAGGGCAACAGCCCGUUUGACCUGUAUAACUCGACAAUUGCUGCGAGAUCGUUGCGCCAUACGCUGGUCCAAUCUCUAAACGAUGAUGAUUCGGACUAUGGCGACGGCGACUUUGAGCAAAUCUCGACGAAACUCUCCCAUGCCAACAAGCAUUACGCCGAGGGAGACGAGUUGUUCAUGUUUGGCAGCAACAAAAACCUGUCCCUCGGAGUUGGGGACGAAGACGACCGGCAAUAUCCCGAGCGCAUCAUGCUUCAGCGGUCAGAUCAGCUGAUACGCCGAUUCUUCGAAGAUUAUCUGACGCAGAAACAUGUCGAUGCGCCACUAAACGUCACGACAGAUCUGGAGGCCAUCCCCACUCUUGUUCAAAAUCGAUCCCUAGUCAUCCAGGACGUGGCCAUGUCGAAGCUGCAUAGCGCGAUUCUUACCGACGAUCCGAUAUCCAACCUUUACGUCUGUGGAGUUGGUCGCGGCGGAAGGCUAGGCCUUGGCGACGAGAACACACAGUUCAAGUUUACUCCUCUCCAUGGUCCCUUUGCGGACAAAAAGGUCAGCCAGGUGGCACUGGGGCAAAACCACUCAAUGGCCGUCGUAGGGAACGGUGAACUGUGGACUUGGGGUCUCAAUUCCGACUCGCAACUCGGCUACGUGCUGCCUCCUCCUCUGAGGACGGAUGAGGAGCCAAUGAGCCUCGUCCCACGCCAAGUAUUCGGUCCUCUCAAGAAAGAGGUUGUCCUCGGCGUCGCCGCUUCGUCCAUCCACUCGGUGGCGCACACAGGCUCGUCACUGUAUACCUGGGGCCGUAAUGUAGGCCAGCUUGCCCUGAUGGAUUCCGACUCUAGAUCUCUUGACCUGCAGCAGACUCCUCGAAAGGUUGCUGCGUCUCUACUAUCGGCCCCGAUCGAGAUGGUCUCGGCGAUUGACAGGGCCACUAUUUGCUUGUUAUCGAAUCACCAAGUCUGGGUGUUCACAAACUAUGGUUACAACCUGAUACGAUUUCCCUUUCCCGAUGCGGCUCUCCACCGGAGGCUUAACGCAAGCCUCUAUUCGGCCAUGUCCGAAGUGUCGCGGAGGGACAUUCGGUACAUCACAUCUGGAGGCGACACCAUCGCGGCAGUCACAGCUCGUGGCGAUUUGUUCACCAUGCAAGUGAGCAACAAGGGUGAUUUAGGAGCCCCUUCCGGCUCUACGACCAACCCUGUUAAGAUCAAGAGUGCCGUGACGCAGCCGCAGUGCAUAUGGGACUCAGGAAAAGACGGCGUUCUCUCAGUUGGCGUUGGGGAACAUGGAUCUGUCAUCAUUUGCACAGAAUCGGGCGCUGUCUGGAGGAGAAUCAAGCGCCUCAAGGGCAAGUUUGAGUCUUCUGUGGAUGCAAGGAGGAAAGAUUUCAAGUUCCAGCGCGUUCCCUACAUCACCGAUUGUGUGGCUGUCCGCAGCUCUACUUUUGGUGCGUUCGCCGCCAUCCGAAAAGAUUGCAAAGUCAUGUCUCAGGAAAUUCCCAUUGCCGAGCAGGGCCUCUGGAAGGACAUUGGCGCGCUUCUUUGCCUGAAAGAUUUCCAUGCUCCUGGCACCGACGAUGAGAGAGAUUCGUCACGAAAAGCCUGGAACGCUUCCAUUAGGAGAGAGGGUCCUGGCACUGUGGCACACCAGCUCCUAAGCUCCGCAGACAUCGAAACGGACUUGCUCCGCUGGCUACAAGGCAACUACUCCUUGUACGACACCGACCUUGAGAUCCGCACUUCUGCGGCCCCAGACAUCAGGAUACCGGUCCACGGGUGGCUUCUCUCCGCAAGAAGCUCCAUCCUCCGCGCGGCUUUGUCUGACUUCCGGCUGGAUGGCUCUCAAGCCCAAUCGGAGACCUUUGUCAUCGAAUGCCUCGACGACAAGAUGGUGCUGACCCUGCUCCAUGUUGAUAUCUUUACAAUGCUCAACGUUGUGGUAUAUGCCUACCUGGACAACAUCGUCCCCGUUUGGAAGUACACCCGUGAAGCCCCGGCGAUGGCCCAUCGCUUCCGUCAAGUUCGGACGGAUCUGAUGAAGGUCGCUACAAAGCUCAAUAUGCCCAAGCUGGAAGCCGCUGCCCGGUUACAGGCAGGGUUGGAACGAACGCUCGAUGCUGAUAUGCAGGGAGCCAUCAACGAUCCGAUGUUCUUCGAUGACGGUGACGUCGUGUUGGAGUUGGAUGGCGACGAGGUGACGGUCCACAGCCAUCUUCUCUGCCAACGCUGUCCCUUUUUCGACGGCAUGUUCAAUGGCAGGUCGCAAGGCCAGUGGCUGACUGAACGUCGUCAUGGAGCACAGCAGGCAGAACCGGUUCGGAUCGACCUCAAACACAUCCACCCAGAAACUCUUUCUUAUGUGCUCAAGUACUUGUACGGAGACGUUGGCGAGGAAAUCUUCGAUGAUGUGACGGCUGCGUCUCUUGAUGAGUUCUCGGAGCUCGUCUUGGAUGUGCUCAGCGUGGCCAACGAGCUCAUGAUCGACCGAUUGUCGCAGAUAUGCCAGUCCUUGAUUGGCAAAUUCGUGACAACGCGCAACAUUUCCAAUCUCCUCAACGUAAUCAGCGCCUGUGCAGUUGCGGAGUUUAAGGAUACUGGUCUGGAGUACUUGUGCCUGCAGCUUGAAUCCAUGCUCGAGAAUCACCUCUUGGAUGGCCUCGACGAAGAGCUCCUGUAUGAGCUAGAUUGCAAGAUUCGGGACAAUCAGCUCGCGUGCUUCCCAUUUGCAAAGAGCGGCAGAGCGGAGCUACUGCUCCACGAGAAGCAUCCUGACCUGGCGGCGGAUAUUGAAGAAGAAAGGCGGCGCCGCGUCAAGGAGAUGGCAUUUAGACAUGCACAGAGGGAAGAGGAGAAGAGGUUGAAUACUGCGUACAAAGCGCGCUUUGGAAGCUUGGAUGACCCUACCCGAGGACCACCAACUCCGGAGAAGAACAGCAGGCAGCCUCGACUGGGCAGAAACGAGCCAUCAAGCCCGGCUUUAAGGGCAAAGGACUCCCUUACCGACAUGAUCUUUGACAUGGAGGAGGUAGGGCACUCGGGAGGAAGCAGUGUUGUAUCUCCACAAUUGUCACCACCACUUACCCGCGUUCAUGUCGAUGAUGUGGCGACGUCAAAGGCCCCGGCGGAAUGGAAGAAGUCAAAGGGCAAAGAAAAAGCAGAGAUACCUCAGUCACCCGCUGCAAGUGGCAUUUCUCGCCAGCAGCCGACGAUGGACCCUGUGAUACUCAGGAGUGAAGCAGGGUCCCCUUACUCGGCAAACAACUCCCCAUGGGCUCCUGCGGCGCUGUCUACCGCUAAGCUAGAUUUGAAGGACAUCAUGUCUGAGGCUUCCGGGAAGUCGGCAUUGUCAGCCGCUCUAUCAGCAGCCCAGACGACAAAGGAAUCGGCCAGCAAGCCGCAGCCGCUGUCCAAGAUGUCACAAAAGGAACGCAAGAGACAGAUGCAGAUGCAGCUCGAAACCCAAGUCGCAGCACAGGAGGAGCAGGCAAGGGCGGUUCCGUGGGAAACAGCAUCAUCCAACAAGAAGCAGCAGCCGCCGCCGUGGAAAGCUGCAGCUCCCGUUCCAAAAACUUCACUGCAGCAAGCCAUGGCAUCUGACGUUGCGCAGCGGAAUGCGAUUUCUACCAAUGCCAAACCCUUGGUGGCGUCUGAAUCUAACGUUCAGUCCGCACAAAUACGGACAGCAUCUCCAGACACUCGCUUCCCAGGCCAAGGGCGGCCUGGAAACUCCCCAGCAGCGACGCCGCAAGCAGGCUCUGGAGGAGGAUUGGGGAAGCAGCCGCCUAGCAAGCCUCUGAUACCGCACUCGAAAUCUUACAUCAAGCCGGCGCAGAAGACGGAACCGACGUUGGGGCUGAGCAUGGCGGAUAUCAUCGGACAGCAGCAGAGAGAACAGCAGCUGGUCAAGGAGGCGGUGGCAAAGCGAUCACUUCAAGAGAUUCAACAAGAGCAAGCUUUCCAAGAGUGGUGGGACCAAGAGAGCCGUCGUGCACAGGAAGAGGAGGCCAGGCGACAAAAUAGAGCAAAGGGCAAGGAAGAGCAGCAGGGGGGAGGAGGCGGAGGAGGAGGAGGAGGAAGAGGUGGUGGUAGUGGUAGUGGUGGUGGUGGUGCAGGAGGAGGGAGACGUGGCCGUCGGGGCAGAGGCGGAAAGGCCCGAGGCAAUGAGCCGUCGAGCAAUCAGCAGCAGUCGGGCGUUGCUGAAGGCACGAGUUCCAGGGAAGCACCCAAGACUGGUGGUAAUGCGUCCCGGGGUGGCAGAGGCAGAGGGAAGGCCGGCAGAGGCGGGGCAUAG